CAAAAUGGCAACCUUAACGAAAAUUGAAACAGUUCUCAGAAAGUUUAAACAAUGAAAGAAAGGCAAUUAAGCGAUUUUUGCAGAUAAAACUCGAUAGUUUACGCAGUUGGCCUGGCUAGAAUUGUCAAAAUCGUAGCGUCUGCAGCUACUACUGGACAGGCCUGGCUGUCAUUUUAAAAAUUGUGAAAGUUUUUUAAUUCAAUAUGGACCCGGCGAACAAAACGAAGAUGUCAAAACAUUUGGCCAUUUGCUAUCGCAGCAUCUGCGUCAAUCUGCCCGUGUUUGCAGCCGCCCUUGGCAUUUUCAUUGCCAAGGUGGGACGACGCGUCUACAGGCUGACCAUGAGCUGGGACCGAAUCGUCGAGCUAUACUCAUGCGCCUGCCUGGUGGCCCUGCUCAUGUCCUUGGUAUGGUAUUAUGCCUGUGUGGCAUAUCGAAUGCUGGCAGCGCGGCAUCGCAGCGUCGUGCUGAUCACGGAUGUUGUGCGAUUUCUAUUUACUGAGGAUGCCAACGAAACGAGCGAAUGAAUGAAUGAAUGAACAAUUAUUAUGUUACAUCUGCUAAUUAGCUUAAUUAAUGUUUAAUAAAAAGUAAGCCUUAAACCAAA